AUGUUCACAAGGCUGUGUUUCCCCUACUACGAGGCACUUGUAAUAGGCCGUUUCUUGUGGGGUACCGCAAACGGUAUCGCGAUCGUGGUACAAACUGUCUGGAUUAUCGAGAGUGCACCGACAUCGCAGCGAGGCAAGGUCAAUUCAUGGCAAGAAGUAAUUGCUACUGCUGGUAAUUUGUUAACACAAGCAGUUGGAGUACCAUUGUCAACACCCGCAUUAUGGCCUUUUAUGUUUGCCGUACCGCUCAGUGUCACUGUUGCUUGUUUGAUAAUAUUUAUCCUGAUGUACGAAUCUCCACAGUAUAUGCUCAAAUUUACACAUAAUCGAGUAGACGCUGCACGAGCAAUCCGAGCGUACCAUGGCUUGAAAGAUGACAUCGAAAUUGAUAAACAAGUGACUAAAUGUGAAGAGGACGGACAGAAGGAGGAGCGUAAGAAAAGUAUCCAGCAUUCCAAGGAACCGAACGGCAUGGAAGUUAUGUUCAUGCCAUGGCGAGCCAACGAUCCACUAUCGGUCGUUGUAAGGUACGGAGCUUGGGUCGGUAUCAUGGUCAAGGUAAUCCAAUUCCUUUAUUUAAGGAUUAAAAUGCCAAAUAUUUUUGACACAUUAAAAGUAGUUCACUUUAGUGAAAUAUGGACCUACAGUUGGUCAUUUUAUCAGAAAGCGACCAAAAUAGCACGAGUAAAAAGUAAUAUAUAA